UAAUCAAUGAAGCAGUGAGAUGCUUUUCUUCAAUUACCCUUUUAAAAAUUCAUACAAAAAUAGAAUUCUUAAUUAAAAGCUUGCCAAUCUGAAAUCAUUGAGGAAAUGAGACCAAAAAAAUCCUUCCAGAAAUGUGCCCAGACUAACUCAGACACAAAGCAAGGAGAGCACUAGAUAGGGAUCUGAUUUUUGCCUAGCCUCUGCAACUGAUUCACUGCAAUACUUUCUGCAAGUCAUUUAUUGUGCAGCAAUGUGCUUAUUGAUGGAGGAAAACCAGUAUUUAUUUCCUUUCACAGAGUUGUCCUGAGUCUGAGUAACAACUACUUGUGCAAAUCUUUGGAUGAAAGAAAUUGUAGAGUUCUAAGCUCUUAAUAUAUAUUACUUAUUGUACUUUAAAAUAGUCAUCACACCAGGUAGGAAUUAACAUUCCAAAUCCCAUAGGGUGGAUACCUCUUCCUACAUGUAUAUAUAAAAGUCAUCAAGUGACCUGCCUCAGAGGAAGGCCAACUGAAGACAGGUCUCCUGGGACAGCUGAGGAGAGCCAUCACCAUGAUCCCCGCACUGCUCUUGCUGGGCCUUUCAGCCCUUGUCGCUCCAUCCAUGAGUUACAGUUGCUACGGUGAUAUAAGUGCUCUUCCAGCCCCCACGAUGUCCUGUACAGCUGUAAGAGCCCCAGAUUGUGGAUAUGCCAUAGUACGGAAGACUGCUGAGGCAGACCUCGUGCGCCUGAGGAGAUAUGAGGUCCCAAUUAGACGAGUAGCCAGAAACCUGUGCUUGGACCCAGCUCUCAUUGGUGCCAUCAUGUCACAGGAGAGCCGUGUUGGCCUGCUCCUGAACAACGGCUGGGACCAGGGACGGCAGAAGUACGGCUUGAUGCAGAUCAGCAGGCAGCUACAGCAGCCUUAUGCAGUGUGGGAUAGUGAAGAACACAUAAAUCAGUGCUCAACUAUUCUGGUUCUUUCAAUUAAUGAAGUACGGACAAGACAUCCUACCUGGACCUGGGAUCGGCAGCUGAGAGGGGGAAUCUGCACCUACCAUGCAAGAAUGGGCAAUCUCCAGGUCUACGAGGAAGACCCAUGCAGCAGAGACAACAACUACGUCAACAGCGUGAUUAGGCGAGCCCAAUACUUCAAGAGAAAUGGGUUCUAGGUCAUAAACCUGACCCACCACUGAGCCUCUCCUCUGCACAGACUAGCAGUGAUCACAGUACCCAGAGCAGGUCUUCUGGCAGGACCGAUGCUGGGAGCAUUGCCAGCAGCACCUUGCUUGCUCCAGCAAAUCCCAGCUCCCCACUCACCAAUGGGCGAGCUCAGCACUGCCUUCCAGGGAACCCACAGGGAUGAGAUACCACAAGCUUGGGGCCUUUGAGAAGCAGAUGGGGACAGACCAGCAGUGUUUAAAUUUUGAGUGAGGAAUGUGACUCUUCCUGUUUGGAGCUGAACCCAGGGCUGUUCAUGCAUCCCCCAGAUGCAAGCACACAGGCAGCUCUCCCUGGACAUCAGCUGUGCUCUUCCCAUCACCUCCAUCCACCUCCUUCCCUCUCCACAGCCAAUGCAGGGGAUGAAGUCCCUGAGUUAAAAUUUUCCUUCCCCUUGAUGCUGCUGGCUAAGGGGCAAUGAAGACACUUCUCAUUGAGCCUUUGGUCUCUGCAGUUGCUGAAUAUUCCUGUGGCCAGCCUUGAGAGGGACAAUGCUAAACAUGAUUUGGUUAGUCUACCAAGCCUUGGAGUCCAUGGCCAUGGACUGGGGACCUCUUAAGGGUGAAAAGCAGCCUCACAUAGGGGAAAUCCUCUAUAUAGAAAGUACUGCAAGCGCCACAGCAGGCAUGCAAAACGCCUUUCCGUUAGACACCAGCCCUCAGUAGGAGUCAGCCCCAUACGUACCCACCCAGGAGCUGUAUCACAGCAACAGUGUUGGUAAAAACCCCGCAACCUUUCCUACUUUAUCUUUGGCUCCCUUAUGUUGGGUUUCCUGCAAAUUUAAAAGCAUUUCAGCAUCCAUCCCUCUGCCAGAAAUCCCAGCUUCUAAUAGGAGUAAAUUAGCUCUGGGCUUAUAAGGUCUGUUUGAAAGUGGUCUUCUAUGUGGAUGAGUCUCUGGGUGCCAAUUUAUGUUUAAUUAGAAUAAUAAUUAGAAUAAU